AUUCUAAAGUCAAAUACACGUCAAAUCUCAAUGGCUGUUACACAAUAAAACAAUCUUAAGUCCGAAUGUAAAAAAUAAAUAAACAAUGUAAAACCAACCAUCCAAAAUCCCGUAUAACUCUCUGAAUAGCUAGUCAAAAUGGUGAAACCAAAGUACGAUCCUCCUACAAACACUUUCCCGUACAAAAUAUCCAGAAGACUGAACAUUUUAAGUAUACCAAGGAAAUAUAUUAUUGAUACGGGGGAAGGUAUGCCUGCUUUGAAUCCCAGAGGAAUCAGGAAAUCAGCUUUGAACAGCCAAAUAUCUGAUAGAGUAAAUGACGCAGCGUGGCCAUAUUUAAGACGAUUCUUGAUUAUAAAACGAAUGUACAAACAUCGGUUCAGUCCUGAACGUAUCGAGAGAAUCGAUCGUAUGAUAGAAGCUGCCAAUGCGACUUGCUAUUCAAAACUAGCGAACUGCGUUUUGGAUCUUAAAAAACAAGAUAAUACAAAAGAGGUUAAAAAGAAAAAAGGUUGGUCUGAGAGCGAGUGGAAGAAACACAUGGACUAUAUAAGCCAAAUAGCUGGACCCAGAAGAGACUUUAAACCGCCUCCUAUAAAGAGAGGAAUUGGCAAACCAUUGGAAGAACUAUUGCCAAGAAUCAACGAAAUCUGUCACUUCCCAGAAUUUAAAAUAUAUAGAAGAUUGUCAAAAGAAGCGUGGUACAGAAAUCCUGAAAAGGUGGCGCCGGGCGCACUCAAAUACGUCAUAUCUGAUAGAGUAAAGAAGCUAGCUGCUCCGAGAGUUAUACCGCAGGCUUUCUAAGGCAAUAUACAUAAGUGAAUAAAAAAUAACACUGGCAAUAAAACACAUGCAAACA